GGAAGAAAUGUAAAUGCCUCCAGGCAAAGGAGCUGGUGGGAACCAAGAGAACCUUUUGGAGAAGGAAGGGGGCCUUGGGUAUUGUGUUGAGAGCUCCUGCCAGUCUGUGGGAUGAAGAGGUUAUGAAGAUUACUGUGGCUGACUACUCUGUGCUCUCUGUUCUGCCCAGAUCACGAUGAGGACCUAGGGCAGCUGCCUGCUGACCCCCAGCCUGCAGAGACCAUGGCCCCCCGCAAGAGGAGCCGCCAUGGCCUGGGCUUCCUGUGCUGCUUCGGGGGCAAUGACCUCCCCGAGAUCAACCUCCGGGACAACCACCCUCUGCAGUACAUGGAAUUCUCCAGCCCCAUUCCAAACCCAGAGGAGCUUAACGUCCGAUUUGCGGAGCUGGUGGAUGAGUUGGAUCUCACCGACAAAAACCGGGAGGCUGUGUUUGCACUGCCUCCUGAGAAGAAAUGGCAGAUCUACUGCAGCAAGAAGAAGGAGCAGGAGGACCCCAACAAGCUGGCAACCAGCUGGCCUGACUAUUAUAUCGACCGUAUCAACUCCAUGGCAGCGAUGCAGAGUCUGUACGCAUUUGAUGAGGAGGAGACCGAGAUGAGGAACCAAGUCGUGGAAGACCUGAAGACAGCUCUUCGAACGCAGCCCAUGAGGUUUGUGACCCGCUUCAUCGAGCUGGAAGGCUUGACCUGUCUGCUGAAUUUCCUCCGGAGCAUGGACCACGCCACCUGUGAGAGUCGCAUCCACACCUCGCUCAUUGGCUGCAUCAAGGCACUGAUGAACAACUCCCAGGGCCGGGCUCAUGUGCUGGCACAGCCUGAGGCCAUCAGCACCAUUGCACAGAGCCUGCGCACGGAGAACAGCAAGACCAAGGUGGCGGUUCUGGAGAUCCUGGGUGCCGUGUGCCUGGUGCCUGGAGGCCACAAGAAGGUACUGCAGGCCAUGCUGCACUAUCAGGUGUAUGCGGCCGAGCGGACGCGCUUCCAGACGCUGCUGAACGAGCUAGACCGAAGUUUGGGCCGAUACCGGGAUGAAGUGAAUCUGAAAACAGCUAUCAUGUCCUUUAUCAACGCUGUCCUCAAUGCUGGAGCUGGAGAGGAUAAUCUGGAGUUCCGCCUGCAUCUACGGUAUGAGUUCCUGAUGCUGGGGAUACAGCCUGUGAUUGACAAACUCCGGCAGCAUGAGAAUGCCAUCCUGGACAAGCAUUUAGACUUCUUCGAGAUGGUCCGGAAUGAAGAUGACCUGGAGCUAGCCAGAAGGUUUGACAUGGUCCAUAUCGACACCAAGAGUGCAUCCCAGAUGUUUGAGCUGAUCCACAAGAAGCUGAAGUACACUGAGGCCUACCCUUGUCUGCUGUCUGUCCUGCACCACUGCCUGCAAAUGCCCUAUAAGCGGAACGGUGGCUACUUCCAGCAGUGGCAGCUCCUAGACCGCAUCCUCCAGCAGAUUGUCCUCCAGGAUGAGAGGGGCGUGGACCCUGACUUGGCUCCAUUGGAGAACUUCAAUGUCAAGAACAUCGUCAACAUGCUCAUCAAUGAGAACGAAGUGAAACAGUGGCGAGAACAGGCUGAGAAGUUCCGGAAAGAACACACAGAGCUGGUGAGCCGGCUGGAGAGGAAGGAGAGGGAAUGCGAGACAAAGACGUUGGAGAAAGAAGAGAUGAUGCGGACACUGAACAAGAUGAAGGACAAGCUGGCCCGAGAGUCCCAGGAGCUACGCCAGGCUCGGGGACAAGUGGCAGAGCUGGUAGCCCAACUCAGUGAAAUCUCAACAGGCCCUGUAUCCUCUCCGCCUCCCCCUGGGGGCCCACUCACCUUGUCUUCCUUGAUGACAACCAAUGACCUGCCUCCACCCCCACCCCCUCUACCCUUUGCCUGCUGCCCCCCACCGCCACCGCCACCCCUUCCACCUGGUGGGCCUCCCACUCCCCCAGGUGCCCCACCUUGCUUCAGCAUGGGCAUGCCCCUCCCACCGGACCCCUUCCCUAGCAAUGAUGCUCCACUCAGGAAGAAGCAUGUUCCCCAGCCUUCCCACCCACUGAAGUCCUUCAACUGGGUCAAGCUGAAUGAGGAACGUGUCCCUGGUACCGUAUGGAAUGAGAUUGAUGACAUGCAGGUAUUUCGGAUUCUGGACCUAGAGGAUUUUGAAAAAAUGUUUUCAGCCUAUCAGAGGCAUCAGAAAGAGUUGGGUUCCACUGAGGACAUCUACCUGGCCUCCCGCAAGGUCAAAGAGCUGUCGGUCAUCGACGGCCGGAGGGCCCAGAACUGCAUCAUCCUCCUCUCCAAGCUGAAGCUUUCUAACGAGGAGAUCCGGCAGGCCAUCUUGAAGAUGGAUGAGCAGGAGGACCUCGCGAAGGACAUGCUGGAGCAGCUCCUCAAGUUCAUCCCAGAGAAGAGUGACAUUGACCUCCUGGAGGAACACAAGCAUGAGAUCGAGCGGAUGGCCCGUGCCGACCGCUUCCUUUAUGAAAUGAGCAGGAUCGACCACUACCAGCAGCGACUGCAGGCCCUCUUCUUCAAGAAGAAGUUCCAGGAGCGGCUGGCUGAGGCCAAGCCCAAAGUAGAAGCCAUCCUGCUGGCCUCCCGGGAGCUGACCCGCAGCAAGCGUCUAAAGCAAAUGCUAGAGGUCAUCUUGGCCAUUGGAAACUUCAUGAACAAAGGGCAGCGUGGGGGUGCCUACGGGUUCCGGGUAGCCAGUCUCAACAAGAUCGCUGACACCAAGUCCAGCAUUGACAGAAACAUCUCUCUGCUCCAUUACCUGAUCAUGAUCCUGGAGAAGCAUUUCCCUGACAUCCUGAACAUGCCCUCAGAGCUGCAGCACCUUCCAGAAGCCGCCAAAGUCAACCUGGCAGAGCUGGACAAGGAGGUGGGCAACCUCAAGAGGGGCCUCAGAGCAGUCGAGGCGGAGCUGGAAUAUCAGAAACGCCAGGUGCGGGAACCCAAUGACAAGUUUGUCCCAGUCAUGAGUGACUUCAUCACUGUCUCCAGCUUCAGCUUUUCAGAGCUGGAGGACCAGCUAAAUGAGGCCAGGAACAAGUUCGCCAAGGCUCUGAUACACUUCGGGGAGCAGGAGAGCAAGAUGCAGCCAGACGAAUUCUUUGGCAUCUUUGACACCUUCCUGCAGGCCUUCUUGGAGGCCCGGCAGGACCUGGAGGCCAUGAGGAGGAGGAAGGAGGAGGAGGAGCGGCGGGCACGCAUGGAGGCUAUGCUGAAGGAGCAGAGGGAGCGGGAGCGGUGGCAGCGGCAGCGGAAGGUCCUCGCAGGCAGCGCGCUGGAGGAGGGAGGCGAGUUUGAUGACCUGGUGUCGGCCCUGCGCUCCGGGGAAGUUUUCGACAAGGACUUGAGCAAGCUCAAGCGCAGCCGCAAACGUUCAGGGAGCCAGGCCCUGGAAGUCACCCGGGAGCGGGCAAUAAACAGGUUAAAUUAUUGACCUGGGGACUGGCCACAGAUGAAGGCCGGGAGAUAGGGGCCGGUCCAGAGGGGCUGGGUGGAGGAAGUGGUGAUGCUUAAACAGUGUGGUGCUCAGUGUGGAGCCCUGGGCUGGGUCCCAGGGUGGUGGGUGUGCCCAGCUGCACCAGGAGUCGCCCCACACUUGGCUUAAGGGGGCUCCUCUCAUCUCCCCUUCAUAUUAUCCUUUCUGUAUCCCUGCCCCCAGGGGUCAUCUUCUGAGGAUGGCCUGGACAUCCCUGGCGGGGCCUAGGCCACCGGCCAGGUAACCACAGGCUGAGAGAGCCCUGUUCCCCAUCCCCCACCAUGGGCACUCACAUAGUGGCACAGAAUGGUCCCAGAUCUAGAUCCAAGGGGCCCAUGUACCUUGUCCCGAUUUCAUGUGCACUGGGGAGGAACAGAGUGGGGGUGGACCCCCAGGAGCUGGGGUGAGGGAGUCUGGGUUCACAUCCCUCUAGAGGCUUGGAACAUCCAGCUGAGCUCCAGAGCUAGGGUGAACUUUCUACUUGGAUGGAAAAGGAAGAGGCGUUAUAUAUUCUAACUAGAUCAGCUCCGAUAUAUUCCAGGAAAAAAAAAAAAUGCUGGGAGGAUGAUGCAAGCACUAAAGCCAUCAGGACACAGAGCACCAGUGUCUGUUUCCUGCAUCAUGAUUCCAUUGGCCUCCCUCUUGCAUGUCUUAAGUCUCCUGCCCUUCCUUCCCUACCCCCACCUCCAUCCUAUCUAGCAAUGCAGAAUUCCAGAAAACUCACCUUUGGGUUCCACUGACUAUGGAUGAAUCUGGUAUGGGAGGAAGUUCCAAGAAAGAUCCCAUUCAUCACCCCAUCUCAUGCCUUGGACACAGGGACUCUGGAACGACCUCUCCCCCAACCUUCCCCAUACAACCUGCCCAUUGUCUUGAAGUGAGAUGGUGACCUCACAUGUUGCCUAGGAGUUCCUCCUGAUAGCCACUCACCAGAGGGCAACACUUGAAUGCCAUCUCUAUCCAAGAGCUCCCUAUUCUACCACCUAAUGUCACACAGAUCCUGUCUUUCUAAUACGUGCCACAGGGCAGAAGCCACCUGACCUCCCACUCUGUCUAGCCUGCAGAAGACUAUUUUGAACCACAUGUGCCCUGCUAUAAGAGUCAGUUCCUGAGAGGGUCCCAAGGGCCAGAGCUGCCUAUCUGCAUUUACAAGUCACUGCUAAGGCAUUGUGUCAGGGGGCUGAGAGAAGAGCAGGUGGGGGAAGCUGGGGAGAUGGAGGAAGAAGGAGGAAGGCCAACUCCUCCGGGGAGCACACUGACUGAAAGAGUCAAAGGAGGAAGCUGAGAGGGGGCUCCCACCCCAUAUCUCUGUUACCCAAUUUGGUUCUUCAACCUGACUUCCAAGGGGCCUGUUUGGGUUCUCCUGUCCACUUCCACCUUGCAUUUUGUCAGUCUUGAGCUUUUCCUUGGGAGGCAGACAACGGCUGUUAUCUAGACAAAUUUUCUCUCUUCUAAAGGAGGGUGAGGUUUACUCCACUAAGGCUCACUACAUUUUCACCCCAGAGACAACCUUUCAUCCUGUCUGAGGCCAGCCCUGCCUGACCCAUCAACCAGCUCCUCAUCCUUCAGCCCCCUGCCCUUCCUUUUGUCUCUCACCUUCCUAACCCAAUCCUCUGGCUCAGGGUAUCCAGUGGACAGACUGGUGGGCUGGGCCCACUUUUCAGCUGCCUAUCUUCUGCCUUUUCCCUACAUUACAUUCCUGGGGGUGGGACUUGUAGCUGGGGUGGAAGAAACAGAUUUGGUGAGCCCAGCAUGUGUGUUGGUUUGAGUGGGUGUGCGUUUGAGUUCUGGUGGGAGGGACCUGAGCAAGUGCAAGCCUGGCUGGGACAGGUGUGAAGAAGCCAUCCUGGAAUUCAGGCGAGGGCAAGAUGCAGGCUUCUAGGAAGAACAGCUGCAGAGAGCUCUGUUAUACCCAUCUGCACACCCAGAGCCCCCACUGCAGGAAGCAGGUGUUGGGAAGGUUGUGGGUGGGCCCCCUACUCCUCUCCCAAGCUGGCUGGGCUGAGGGAAACCUCACCUGCCAGAGCCAGGGAACAGAGGAGGGCUCCCCCAUCUGUCCAACAAGCAUUUCCAAACCUUGACAUUCCACCCACCAUGGAAGACUGGAUAUACACCAGCAAAGACAAGGGAUGUGGAAGCUGUUCAUGACACACUCAAUCUGCAGAAAAGCAUAGUUUGAUUUAACUGUUUACAGAGGGCACAUAUAUUAUUCCGGGGCCCAGGCUUCUCACCCCCAGUGAUUUCUCUUUAUUUAUUAUUUUCUAGUUCUGGCCAAAGGCUCUGGUGCCAGAGGUUAUUGUAGCCAGAUACCCAAUAGUGCCUUGGAUCAUGGACCAUGGUGGGUAACUAGAAGGGGCUGGUGCUCCACAGAGGUGGCUGAGAUGGUCCUUGAUAUGCUAAAUGUUGAAGCCUACUACAUUUGUUUCUUGGUCCUGCUUUCCCAGCACCCUUCCUGCCCCUCCUCCACUUUUGGGUAGAUCUUACCCACUGUCUAAUUUUGUGUCCAAUGUAAAAUUCAUAGUCGACCUAAUACAACCUGGUCCCUUCUCAGCAGUAGCACCCACUUCACUCUCCCCUGGGUUGGAAGUCAAGGGUGUUGAGGGCAGUGGGAGGAGACAACUUUCCAAGUGGAUGGGGAGGGGUCUGGGCCAGGCUUUUCCCAUUCCAUUUCUACCAAAUGGGGCACUGUGACCAUCUCCCCCACCUCUACCAGUGAGGCCUUCAUGCCGCCGCUGCUCUCACCAGCUGUCUU